UCCCUUACCAAUACUGUAUAAAUGACUACGGUCCCUUGCCAAUGCAGUAUAAAUGACCACGGUCCCUUACCAAUGCAGUAUAAAUGACCACGGUCCCUUAUUAAGAACCGUGUAAAAAUGAUCGCAGGCUGCGUUGGCUCAUAGAAUUUCAGCGUCGAGUUGAACACCGCGAUGGCGAUUUAAUGAUCAGGGAGAGGAGGAGGUGGUUGGUGGUGGUGGUGGGAUAAAGACGAUCACCACCAGCGCUUGUGCCAGGCUAGGUGUACCCUUGCGAAGUGCAGGCACAGAUCUACGUGCACGGGAUGACAGACGCACACGGAAACGGACUAAACGGUCACAUGUGCAGACUCACCGACGAGACACGGAGACAAAGUGACACACACACAACAUAGACUCUGCGUCGUCGCUUGCCGGAGUGAGCUGUGGGGAGGCGAGGGGCAGUUUCUAAGGGAAGCGAUUUCGCGGACCAUGUCUGAAGACUACGAGGGGAAACUCGAGAGAUUCCGAAGGAGCCUCACGAACCCCUUCAACUCCUCCAUGUCGUCCGGCACCACCACCACCAACAACACCACCAACACCCACGACGACGACUCCACCACCACCACCACCAACAGCGACAUGGAGGAGACGGCGGAGGGAGGAGGCCAGUCGCACGGAACCAGCGACUCCGAGUCUCGGGAGACGGAGUCGGAGUGGGAGUUGGGGGCGGAACUGGGGCUCACGGAGAAUCAUUUUCCUCCCCCGCACGGCUUGGCCCACGUGAGCCGGCUGGAGGAGCUGGAGCACGCCGUGGAGAUGUGCAAAGUGUCCGUGCUGGAGGCCUCCGAGUUCUCGGCUCGCCGCGAGCAGGCCCUGGCCAGGCUCGUACAGCUCCGCAUCAAGAUCCAGGAGCUCAAGGAGCCAGAGGACGAGGAGCCGGACGUGAAGCUGCUGCUGGAUCACCGCUUCCGCAAGCGGCACAGCCGGAGUGUGAAGCACAGCUGCGAGCGUUGCAGCACGCUCAUCUGGGGCGUGCUGCAGACCUGGUACACCUGCUCAGGCUGCCACUUCAACUGCCACAGCCGAUGCCUGGACUCCAUUGUCAAGCGCUGCGUGAGGGUGAAGGUUAGCCACCAGUCUGAGUUUGAGCUCCGCAUUUGCCCGGAGCAGGGCCUGGACCGCCAAGGCUUCUGCUGUGCCGAGUGCCGUACGCCCAUUGCCAUGGGCCUGGUAGCCAAUGAGGCCCGUCUGUGCGAUUACUCUGGCCGCUACUACUGCCCCAACUGCCACUGGAACGACGCGAUGGUCAUCCCAGCACGGGCCCUGCAUAACUGGGACUUUGAAUCUCAGAAGGUUUGCCGGUCGAGUCUGCGCUUCCUGACGCUCAUGCAGGGCCGCCCGGUGCUCAACGUGAGGCACAUCAACCCGUUGCUCUUCAAGCACGUCGAGGAACUGGCGCAGAUCAAGAAGCUGCGAUCGGACAUCCUGAAGAUGAAGCCGUACCUCGUCACCUGCACAGACGCGCUGGAGUCGCGAAUUCUCCUGGAGGAGAGGCAGCACUUCGUGGAGAAUGUGGACAUGUACUCCAUGCAGGACCUCAUCGACGUGGUCGUGGGGCGGUUGAGCUCCACCCUCACAGACGUCCACACGACCUUCGCCAAGCACAUCAAACUCGACUGCCAGCGAUGCCAGGCCAAAGGCUUCAUCUGUGAGCUCUGCCGCCAGGGGGAGGCGCUCUUUGCAUUCGACAACCACACGGCCGUGUGUCCCAACUGCUCGGCUGUUUUCCACAGGGACUGCUACUAUGACAACGCCACUGUGUGCUCCAAGUGCCGGCGCUUAGAGGCGCGGAAGAAAUCCCUGCAGCAUGCCCCACGCGGUGGGGGGGAGGGGACUCCAGGGGAGGGGGCCCCUCGAGAUGGUGGGGGGGAGGGGGCCCUAAGCGGUGACAAGGAGGAGGGCCCGUGCGGCGCAGAGGUUGGUGACGAGGAUGGCGAUGACGACGACGACGACGACAUUGACAACGAAGUUGACGGCACACGAUGACAGCCAUUCACGUGCAAGCGGUCUUGUAUGUAAGCCAAUUACAGGGGAGCAGUCUAAAACAAUUGACCAAUCUUGAGCGGGAAUCAAAAGGUUUGACCAAUCACGUUUGAGCCGAGUGUAAAUUACUGAACAAUCACAGGCGGAAUGCAAUUUCCCAAUCGCGAGCGAGCGGUCUAUGCAUUUUGAUGAAUCGCAAGCUCGCCAGUCGUGGACUAUUCACUCUUCCUUCACCUCGUUGACAUUUCCCGACUCGAGAAGUUUUAAACUCCUCGUCGGACAACCCAGCAGAUGCAGCAGCCCUGCUGCGUAGUCUCUACAAGAUGCGAGUUCCCGAUUUGAAGACGACCUUCACCAGCACGCAGCACUUCCCGUCGUGUGAAAAUUCACAGGACUGUAUUUAACAAACACAAUCCAUUCUCUUGCACCCCAGUGGUACGUGUCCAACAUUAUCCCAAUGUUGGCUUGUGGUCGGAAACCGUUGGCCCCUAACGUUCCAUGUUUUACUGGGAUGUCGUCUCACUAGCGGGACGACAUUCGAUUGUCCUGAUUGAGGAUCGCGAUCCAAUUCAAGAAUCGGUUCCUUGUCUCAUUUGUAUUGUGUCUCGAAGGAUUUUUCUUUUUUGACGAUUGCACAGUUUUUUGUUCAGUCCACUAGCCUAAUGGAAUCGUUACGGGUUGUAGAGUCCUGUGGCGACAGUCUUACAUUGAGUGAACUGCACUUUAAAUGUUUUAAAAUGAAUCUUUGUUCGUACCUGGAAGUUCAGCAAAGCACAAAAUCAAUACAAUCAAAAUGUGAAAUGCAAUUACGAAUAUACAGUAGACACUUGAAUAUCUGCACUGAUGAUAGGGAGGAUGGCCGUGGAUAAUUAAAAAAUAUCCAUUAAGUGGAUAGCAGAACCACACCAAUCAAAAUCAAACUCCGCUGUUGUAAAGAUAUGCAACUAUUGUACUGUAGAGGCAAUCGCGUGGAUUUCAGAUUAACCGGCACACACAUUUGUUCGUUUUAAGAACGUGACUUGUGAUAACCAUUUUCAAGAAGAACAAUGUUUCACCGUUUUAGAUUCAUACUCUUUGGUUCUUUCAGUAAAGCAAGUCACUGUCAGAGAGCCGGGCGCUAAUCUUCUCAUUGGCACGCCUCCGGUGGUUGGGCCGUCUCACAUUGACACGGUAAUCUCUCACAUGUACAGCUUCAAAUCAAGAUUGACGUACAAAUUUCUUCUCUAGUUCGGCCCACUUUUACCUUGGGGUUGGGCCCACCAAAAAUCCUAUAUAAACUCUUGUUGCAGCAGCUGUUUCUCCUACGUCAGCAGUCCUCCUGCCGUGUUUGUUUCACACCUGAUGACGGUUGCUUGUGUUGCGAUCGAAACGUCGUGAUCUAUUAUUUGUGACUUUACCGAAAGAACCAAAGAGUGGAUUCCUGCAGUCACGAAAGUUUCAAAUCAAGAUUGUUUUUAGAUUAUUUGGGCUUGAUCAAAAUUCUAUGAGUUAUUAAUGUACGUCAAUCUCAGGUGCUCGGUAAUCCGCAAAUCGGAUAAACUGCAUGCGGAUAAUCAAAGGUGUCUACUGUAUAUGGAAAACUGAUCCCGCAGUAAUCGCCAAGAAAAUUUAUAUCGUAGCGUGGAAAACCUGGUGAUAAGUGAUGUUCAGCGGGGUCACCAAUAACGGUGCAAACCCACAUCACAUGAUAUCUGGUGCUGAAAUUAAUUUGGCCAAUGUCCAGCUCUUGAGAAUGAAAAUAUCGGUUUGACAUGCAUGCGACUUACCUCCCUCUCGUAUGUACGGCAAGUGAGAUAGUGCGGCCCUCUACUGCGUAGACCAGAGGUCGCCUUUAAGAAGGGCUCUCCGAGGUGGCUCUGUGAUAUCCACUUCCGUGACUUGUUUCUAGCGUUGCUCUCUGCAGGAGAGUUUCUGAACGGAUUCUUCGUGUCGUGACGACGCCAGGCCGAAAUGAUCAAAUAAAACUAAAUUAAAUAUCACUCGGUAAAACUCGUAGGCUUUCGCGACCAAUAUCAAUAAGAGAUUUUAUUUGGGUUCGAUCGCGUAAAAUAUAAUUGUGUCGUUAACCUCGUCACCACUCAACACAGGCAGUUAAUAAGGUUUGUCAGAUUAAACAAAAUAUGUCAACCCUGGUGGUAAUAAGUGGUGUUCAGGCGGGUCACCAAUGACUGUGCAAACCCCCACAUCCCAUUACAUUUGGUGCCGCAAUGAAAUUUUGCUAAAGUCCAGCUCUUGAGAAUGAAAAUGUAUAAAACCAACAAACAAAAAAUAUCACUCGCUAAAACGAUAAAUAAAUCGAGAUUAUUCGCUCCAAAUCUCUUGAGAGCCGACGAGCAACUUGUAUACCUGGGAAAUAUUGUCUGUGCUUUCGUCUUGACUGAUGUUUUCUUACGUAGCCAGUGGUUCCCAACAUCCCCGUGUCGUGUAGCCCCUAAUACACCCUCAACCGUUCACCUACCAGCACCCACACAGCACUAACGAUAAUUAAAUUAUGCACAUUUAAAUCAAUUACCAAACGCAACUAAAUACGUACGCUUUAAUGUGUUUUAUUUUUAAAUGCUACCGUUCACUUUAAUUAUUAGACUGAUGAUGAAGAUGAUUUCAACUUGUAGACGCGCCGCACAGUAUUUCUCUCGCAGAGAGAGUGAGGGAGCAAUCGCAGACGAGGACUGUAACGUGGAGUGGGAGUUCUCCCAGGUUUCCGCGUUCCACAUGGAAGGCAAACCCACGUUGACGAUGGAAUUGUCCAAACAUUCCAGUGUGGCAGGGGACCCUCCGAACACAACAGUCUCGUCACUCGCCGAAGCUCUUUUGAGUAAUAUCGUAGCACUGUUAUUUGUAUUAUUAUUUGAAUUAAGUUAACUUGCAAUCGUACAACUUGAGCUUAAGACACGUACGAAAUUCUUAUGGUUCGAUUGCCGAUGCAGCCUUUGUCUUUGUCCGAAUAAAGAAGUCAAGUCACUGA